AUGAAAUACUGGAAGCAACAUUUCUCCACUGGCUAUACGGAUGUCAAUGGGAAAUUGACCAUUAGCCCCUCGCAAUCUUCCCUUAUCGUCUCUAUCCUUUCGACUGGUACCUUUGUCGGUGCUUUGGCUUCUCCCUUGCUGGCGGAUAAGAUAGGUCGGCGAUGGGGUCUCAUCAUAUCCUCUUGGGUCUUCAACUUUGGCGUCUUGAUGCAAGUGAUUUCUGUCGCCAUCCCUCUCUUUGUGGCUGGCAGAUUCUUUGGGUGA